CGGGGCCUUAAAUGCGAGGCCUGGGGGUCACAGCCCCGGCCUUGCAGAUCCCUGGACCUGCGCGUGCGGACUGCGUUUGCGCAGCCGCUCCCUCCGCUGCUUUUUGAAAUAUGAAUCCUUCCCUCUUCCUGGCUGCCCUGUGCUUGGGAAUAGCCUCAGCUGCUCCAAACCUUGAUCACAGUUCAGACGCACAAUGGAACCAGUGGAAGACAACGCAUGGGAAACUAUAUAAUCAGAAUGAAGAAAGGUGGAGGAGAGCAGUGUGGGAGAAGAACAUGAAAAUGAUUGAACUGCACAAUUGGGGAUACGAGCAAGGGAAACAUGGCUUCACCAUGGCAAUGAAUGCCUUUGGUGACAUGACCAAUGAAGAAUUCAGGCAGGUGAUGAAUGGGUUUCAAAACCAGAAGCACAGGGCCGGGAAAGUGUUCCGAGAGCCUGCCCUUGCCCAGGUCCCCCGAUCUGUGGAUUGGAGAGAGGAGGGCUAUGUAACUCCUGUGAAGAAUCAGGGUUCGUGUGGUUCUUGCUGGGCUUUUAGUGCAACUGGUGCCCUUGAAGGACAGAUGUUCCGGAAAACUGGCAAACUUGUUUCACUGAGUGAGCAGAACCUGGUGGACUGCUCUUGGUCUCAAGGCAAUAACGGCUGCAAUGGUGGCCUAAUGGACAACGCCUUCCAGUAUGUCAAGGACAACCAAGGCCUGGACUCAGAGGAAUCCUACCCAUAUUAUGCAACGGAUGACACUUGCAAAUACAAGCCUGAGUUUUCUGCUGCCAAUGACACUGGCUUUGUGGACAUCCAUAAGAAGGAGAGGGCCCUUAUGAAAGCAGUGGCAAGUGUGGGGCCCAUCUCUGUUGCUAUAGAUGCAAGCCUUACAUCCUUCCAGUUCUAUAAAAAAGGCAUUUAUUAUGAUCCAGACUGCAGCAGCGAGGAACUGAAUCAUGGUGUUCUGGUGGUUGGCUAUGGCUUUCAAGGAGUGGAAUCAGACAACAAUAAAUAUUGGAUUGUCAAGAAUAGCUGGGGUACCACAUGGGGCACAGAUGGCUACAUAAAGAUGGCCAAGGACCGGGACAACCACUGUGGAAUUGCCAGCGCCGCCAGCUACCCCACUGUGUGAGAUGCUGCUGACACAGACAUGGUGAAGAAGAGAACGUCUCAGACCUGUGGGAUGAAACACUCGAGUCAUUGAAGAUCUAAGCUGUGAUUUGAAUUGGGUGACAUUUUACACUGGUAAAAUGUUACCACUUCUUUAAUUACUGUGUUAACAGUUUUGAAUGAUUGACUUGCCU